UACCAUACCGCAGUCUCCCACACACCAUAAGGACAGAGACACUCUAUGCACACACUAUCCUCUCAGAUAUGUCAGAAAAAUGUUUUUUUCGUGAACAAAACCAAAAGCAGGCCAUUAUAAUGUGGCACACUGACUUGGUUACUGAAGAUAGCAAAGUGCGUGAGAUCUACGCACACUUUGAGAGCCAUAGACUGGACUUCAUACUGCAUUUACAACUGAACUCUUUGAUUGGGCUACGCAGUCGGCAGUGUGUGAUUAGAAAUCGAGAUACCGUGAGUUGUACUCAGUGAGCGCACAUGCAAAACAGAUGUAGCCCUACACGGGGUUUCUGCACUUGCUGGCCGGGAGGGAAGACCGUGGACGACUCGCUCUCUGGACCUUCCUGUCCGGUAACUUUUUCCGGUGAAGUUAUUUUGACGUUUUUGGACAAGUUUUGAAAGGUCAUGUUACUGACCUCACUGACAAGUAUGAGGGAUUUGCGAGAUUUUGCAACAUUUGCUGACAGAUAAUCGUCAGAACUGAUUCUCUCUUUGCCAAUUGUCCGCUAAAAAUACGAUAGCAUGCCAUAAGCACAUGGCAUCCUGCUUAUUUCACUCCGUAAAAAAUACUGAGUAACUAAAUAUUGAGAAGUUCAUCGUUCCUGAAGAUUGGCCUGAGAAACUGCAAGAGUUUCUUUCGCUACCAUGUCACUUUUGAAGAUAUGUGUCUUCUUCUUCAACGUGUAUAUAAUGCUGGUCAUGCUGAUGAUGGUGCACACAACACACGGUAAGCUCAUCUGUGCCUGUACAACACCAGCAUGUAAUGACACUGGUAGCAUUACAUGUAAUGCUGUGACGUCAUGUUACACCCAGUACCUAGAUAGGGGUGAUGGUAGCUCACCAGUCACACGUGGUUGUAUUGAUGACACUACACCUCUUUUUUGUGAAAAUAGGAGACCAAUCGUACCAGAUACAACAUGGCCCCAUCUUACGUGUUGUAAGCAACCAAUGUGUAAUGCAGACAAUGGUGUAGUAACUGCUCCUACAUGGCCACAGAAAAUCUUCGAAACUACCACAGUUCAUGUCUUUCAGCCUCAAGAUACCCCUCAUCGCAACUCCAACCACCCAGCAGAAAACUUCAAACCAAGAUCAGAUGACGAGUUUUAUCAUCCAGCCUUUAUGAUCAUCCUUCCCGUCAUUACAGUGUGUCUUUUCGCAAUGCUUAUUGUCGUCAUUGCUGCUGUAGUCAGACAAUCACGCAGCAGACGACAUAGAACUUCUGGUGAAUUUGGCGCCAAUUUUAACAAUACCGGGUUGCCCGUUGCGAACUGCAGGGGUAAUUGUUACGGCUCUGGUGACCCGUAUAUAAGGGAGAAGUUUUUUCAAAGUGUUCAAGUCUGAUCGUUAGAGUUUCGCUGGUAGUUUGUUUUCAUCACCAGUUCAAGAUGGUCGUCCUCUCUGUCCCGGAUGCUUGAUUGGCCUUCUCGUUGCUAAGGGAAAUGAUGUUUGUUUUUAAAGCUGUAAAGGUGUGGCUUUAUUAUAGUCGAUUAGAACUAUCUACUGUUUUCAAGUAUUUAAAACAAAUUCGCUUUUAAACUUUUAUAAAGUAUAUGUUUUUAGUUUUAAAGUUUUUUCAAUGUGAGCAUGGUAAACUUUGAAGUUGAAGGUCGGCCACUUAUAUAGCCAGAGUGCCUUAUUUGGGCUUAGCAUGUAAACGAAGAUAACCAAGGAACAACAGUGUACAUUUCGAAACAAAAUUGAUGGAUUCUUGCUUUUGAAUAUAAGCUUCAUUCUGGAAAGUCCGGAAUCAAAAUUGGCCCUUAGAAGAACCCCUGGGAUCAUGAGAACCAUUUACUGGUCAGCGUGACCAGUUUAUGUGCUUAACAUAAAUGAGGGUUAGAUAAUGGGCCAAAUCAAGCUGUUUAACAGAAAAAACGGCUUGACCAUUUCUUUGCUAAGCAAAAAAUGAGUAGGGCACCAGCCACAACAAUGUAAAUUAACGUGAUUUUGGCUGGUAACCUGUUUCUGGCUAAGCAAUACAAUUCCGUGUUUAGCCCGUUUUUAUGCUUGCAGGCUUUAUCAGAAAACGUGUCAGCCCAACUUGAAAAUUGAGCUGACCUCCCAGCUCGAUUUAGAUCCAGUGUGGCAAGGAGAUUCUGUUCAACCAUACGGCAAACUACGUACAAACUACUUCUGAUAGCGCCCUCUUUUGAAUAUUCCUCAUACAGCCCACGUUAUUCCCCAUUAUGAGGGACAGAAUCUACGGCUGGCGGAAUUCCCUGAUGGGACAUGACACCCGCAAUUUUUGUGUCCAAGGAUGAAAAGAAACUUAAUUUAGCCCUCUUUUAAAAAAAGUUUAUUGUGCUAGUUUGAAUUGGACUGGUACACAAUGUGUAUAACUUAAGGUAUAAACAGUUACCGAGGACUAUGUCUGUAUCGUUACUUUGAUAAAUAAACUAAAUAAUAAAAGUUCUAAA